GCGUUGCUUGGAGCUUUAUAAAUUGGAUUAAUCUUUCAAACAAACAUAUAUCAUCAUUCAAACCAUACCAUCAAUUAACAGUCAUCUAUUUUCAGAGUUUGAAAAUGAAGGACAAGUACUACGGCUCCAUUCUUCAGAGCGAGGCCCUCGCAAAGUAUAUUCUGGAAACAAGUGCCUAUCCAAGAGAGCACGAACAACUGAAAGAGAUCAGGAAAGCGACCGUCGAUAAAUAUCAAUUUUGGAGUCUGAUGAAUGUGCCUGCGGAUGAGGGCCAGUUUCUCUCUAUGCUGUUGAAAAUAAUGAAUGCAAAGAAGACAUUAGAAGUGGGAGUUUUCACGGGUUAUUCACUUCUGUCCACUGCUCUCGCUCUUCCAGAUGACGCCAAGAUAAUAGCCAUCGACCCGGAUAGAGAAGCCUACGAAACUGGUUUGCCUUUUAUUGAAAAGGCAAACAUGACUCACAAAAUUCAGUUCAUCCAGUCUGAUGCUAUGGCUGUCAUGAAGGACCUCCUCUCCAAGGGUGAGGAAGGGGAGUUUGAUUUUGCAUUUGUUGAUGCGGACAAAGAGAACUACAUCAAGUACCAUGAACAACUGCUGAAGCUGGUUAAGGUGGGAGGAAUUAUAGCGUACGACAACACGCUGUGGUCGGGUACUGUGGUGGCAGCGGAGGAAGACGAGAUGGAUGACUUCUUGAGGGGCUGCAAAGGCCACAUCCUGACUCUCAACUCUUUUCUCGCUGCCGAUUCCCGCAUUGACUUGGCUCAACUUUCCAUCGGAGAUGGCCUUACAUUGUGCAGGCGUCUCAUCUGAUAUAUGCAUUCUCUAUUUUUAUUCACCUUUCAUUUAUUUCCAACUUUUGUCAAUGCAAUUUCUUUUUAUCCUUC